AUGAAAUCACAAAACCUACUAUUCCCGCUUCUGAGGUUUUCCAUAUUGUUAAAAAAGGCUUUAGAUGAUAAUACUUGUAUUUUGACUGUAAUUCUGGCAGAGAAUGAAGACAAUGCAAGGGCAAAGUCUUCAGCAGCACUUUUUCCUGCUUCUAAUGAGUUAUAUCAUAUAGGUGAUUUCAAUUUUCCAAGGUUAGCAGAUUUUGGAGCUGCAAUAUCUGCUGCAAACAAAUUGCAAUGCCAGCAAGUUCUUGAACAGUUGGAUGUGCAUAAGCGGUUGCAACUUACACUGGAAUUAGUAAAAAACGAAAUGGAAAUCAGCAAGAUUCAGGAAUCAAUUGCGAAAGCAAUCGAGGAAAAGAUAAGUGGUGAGCAAUGCCGAUACUUGUUGAAUGAGCAGCUUAAGGCAAUAAAGAAGGAACUUGGGUUAGAAACAGACGACAAAACUGCACUUUCAGAUUGUGGUGGGUCGUAUAGGGACUGAAAUGCUCACCAAUGAAGCCGGUGAAGUUACCAGGUUUUUAAUAUAUUUUUCCCUUCAUUCAUUAAUUCAUUUUUAUCUUAAAGAACUAUCGUUAGCUAAUUCUUAUUUUAUUUUUUUACCUUUUCAAUUACAUUUUCAUUAUUUGGUUCAUAAAAUGUUUACAUGGGUUCUGCUAGCCUAAUCCUUAGUCAUUUGCAAAAGCAUGUUUACUCGGACAAUUCGGCUUCUUGAAGCUGGGCUUAAACCUGUGUAAUGUAUUUCUUUCUCUUUUCUUUUCAUUUUCCUUAGAAGUUAAUUAGUCAGUCAUUUUAACACAGAUACUUUCUUCCUUAUGCUGCCUAUACGGUACCACAUCCCAAAGGCCCUUUAUUUGCUAAUGCUUGUGGUAUUUUCUUUCAGCUAUGUUUUUGAUGGGUAGCCUCCAGUUUUGAAAAAACAAGAGCUUGCUAAGCGGUACACAUGGAGUGAUAAAGUAAAGUUUUCUUUUGUUGUUUCACCACUACGGAAAAUUAAGGUGCUGUUGUUUUUAUUAUUAGACUAAAAAUAAGGAUGGCAUUGAGAAAUUAAAUAUGUAGCCAAAAUUUUGUCACCUGUCAGUAAUAGAUACUCGUAGAGUUCAAUCAAUUCAACGCUGCAAGAAAAGGGAAGCGUAUGUA